AUGCCGCUCGUCUUCUGUCCCAACUGCAGCAAUGUGCUGACCAUCUCCCGCGCGGAUUCAACCACCCAGUACCCGAUGGGCGUGAACCGCUUCGAGUGCCGCACCUGUCCUUACGAAGACAUCAUCGGAGACCGAUCCUACUACGAGAAGACUGAGAUGAAGCAGAAGGAGGUGGAAGACGUUUUUGGCGGUGCAAACGAGUUUGCCAACGCCGACAGCGUUGGUACUCAAUGUCCGGCGGAGAACUGCAACGGGGACCGUGCAUACUUCUUCCAGCUGCAGAUUCGUAGCGCCGACGAGCCGAUGACUACGUUCUUGAAGUGUACAAGCUGUGGUGCUCGGUGGAGAGAGAAUUGA